AUUCGACAGGGACAAGAAAGACAUGAUAGUACCCAUUUACACCUUAUGGCGCUUUCCAAAUCUUUUGCCAAAGAUUCCAACAUUUGAUCCAGUAAUUUCAAAAUUAAGAGGUGGCGCAAAUUUAAUGAUUCCUGGUAUUGCUUUUCCACCUGAAGGAUUGCCGGAUGUUAGUGAAGGUGAGAUCGUGUCAGUUACCAUUAGAGGAUCCACUUAUCCACUUGCUGUAGGUUUCAUGUGUGUACCUACGAACACUCUUAGACGUGGGUCAGUACAAAAGGGUAUCGCUGUGCAAAUAAUUCAUAUUUAUCGUGAUCACUUGUGGAGUAUGGGAGAUAAAAGUCAUCCUCCUGAGGACGAGGAUAUUAAACUCGAUUCUGUUACUCAAAAUCAGGAAUCAAAUGAACAGGACUUUAAUGAAGUACAAGUUGUAGAUGAGACAAUUACUGAGAGUAGUGAGAUCACUGAUCAGAAUGUAAAGACAACAAAUGUGCAAGCUUAUGAUGAAGAACAAGAUAUUGAGGGUUUAUAUGAAGAAUCAGGUUCCAAAAACAAUGAAAUUGAAAAACCUUCUGCAAAAUAUACUACUACAGAAGUCGAUAAUCUUUUGCAGGCAUCAUUUUAUCAAGCCAUCUUAGAAAAAUUGACUCCAUCUGGUACCUUACCUAUCACAAGCUCGCAACUUUAUUCUGCUUAUAUUCUUCCUUCACGUCCAGUUGGAACGGAUAAUGAUGUUGAUGUAAAAAAAUCUAGCUAUAAAAAAAUUACAAAAUUUCUAAAGGCGAUGGAGAAAAAAGGUGUUAUUAAACUCAAGGAACAGCGUG